CUUCACGUCCGUUGUCUGUCAUGUUUGCCGACGAAAUCGGGUCUAGCGAGGGUGCUGUGGAUCUAGGAGGGCCGACACGAGAAUUUCUCCGCCUUGCAGUUUCAGGAGCCUUUUCUUCGAACGCGUUCCUGGGAUUGCCCUCGAAAAAGGUGCUGGUUAUGAACCAAGAAGCAAAGAGGAAAAACUUGUAUUUUCAAUGUGGAAAACUUCUUUCCGUUUCCUUGUGUAAUGGUGGAACUGCAGGACAUUGUCUAUCCCCCUCUAUGUAUGACUUCAUUGUAUUUGGUGAAGAAAAUUGCCACCCAUGUAUCGACGAUGUACAAGAUUGUGAAGUAAAAAGUAUCAUAGAACGGAUCAGUGCUACUACAGAAGAAACAACGUUUGCAACUAUAGUAGGAUCUGAUGAUGCCAUUGAUGUUUUGCACAAGCUGGCUUUCACGGCAUUCCAAAGUUUGAAACAAGAAAACAGCUUGUGGAAGAGCUUUGUCAAUUUUUUGUAA